AUGAACAGAAACUUGAAAUUGGGUAAGAAUAUUAAAAAAUAGAAUUAGGAGAAAUUGAGAAUCUUUCAAGAGUAAAAUUAGCUCAUUUUUCUGAGACAGCUACAAGAUUCUUUACAUAUGUUGAUGAAUAGAAUUAGAUUUACAUUGAUAAGAUAGAAAAUUCAAAAAAUUUGUUAGAUUUUAAAUUUUUCAACCCAUCUCAAUAGUGUUUUGUUUAAAGUCAGAAUGAAAUCAUAUUUAGUAGUUAUGAUAAUGAAUUAAUAAACGGUUCAAUUAAAGGUAUUAUUUCAUUUAUGGAUAUUUAAACCUAAAAAAAUAUUAUUAGUUCUUAAGUAUUUAGUUUAAUCUAAUAUACAGGAACAUUUAUCAUCAAUACCAACUUUAGCAAUAAUUUCUAAACCAAGAAAAUAUUGUAUUAAGUGGAGCAAUCGAUAGUUAAGUAAAACUCUUGGAUUUAAGGUAUAAAACUGCUUGGAUUUACAUUAAAAGCGCAUAAAUUAUCAAUAAGUGCUUUAGUAGUCUCCUGAUGGUAACUUUUAGCAUCUGGUUCCAAUGAUGGAAGUGUAAAAUUUUGGAUAGUCAUUAAUAAAAAUUUUUUGGCUACUUUUAAUGAAUCAUGUUUAUAGUAUAAUCCUCUUGAUAAAGCAAUAGCUACAGCGUCAAUGGGUGCAUUAGAUAUUUGAGUUUAGAUAAAUACAAUUAAGUAAUUUGAAUCUUAUCAUAAGAUAUCCUCAACGAAACCAGAUGAUUAACCAG